GGUGUAGAACGCAAGUCUCUUAAAAUGUUGGUUUUACGCAAUUUUCGGGGCACAUUUCAGACGCAAAAGCUGUUGCCCCUGGUGGGUUCCAAUAAAUCAACACGUUGGCAAACCAAUGCAGCUGUUGCCGGUACCGCCGAGAAGCCUAGACCCACCUAUGACAGCGAGUGGCAGAAUGCGCGAUCCUUUACAGAAAUGCCACGUGCGGGUGUCCUUGAUUUGAUAUUCAAAAUGUUGCCUGGCGGAAAAUACAGCAAACUGGACAUAUCCGAGAUGAUUGAGGCCAUGCGACUGGAUUAUGGCAACAUUUUUCUGAUGUCAGCCAUGUUCGGCCGUAAAGCUCUGCUCACAACGCACAAUCCUCAGGACUUUGAGGUAAUCUUCCGGCACGAGGGCAUCUGGCCCAACCGGCCUGGCAACGAUACACUGCGCUACCAUCGAGAGAAGCAUCGUCGGGACUUCUUCGAAGGCGUCGAUGGUCUAAUACCCUCACAGGGCAAGGUGUGGGGCGAUUUCCGUAGCAUUGUCAACCCGAUACUGAUGCAGCCUAAAUCUGUGCGUCUAUACUACAAGAAAAUGUCGCAAGUCAACCGCGAGUUCGUGGAGCGCAUUAAAGCUAUUCGGGAUCCAAACACAUUGGAGACUCCCGCGGACUUUGAAGACUACAUCAACCGUUGGACUCUGGAAUCAGUCUCAGUGGUGGCUCUGGAUAAACAACUAGGGCUCCUUAAGGGCUCAAGCGUCAAUGAGGAGGCUUCGCUACUCAUUCAAAGCUUAAACGAAUUCUUUGAGCUUUCAGCCGACCUAGAAAUUAAACCAUCGAUUUGGCGUUACUAUGAAACGGCCAAGUUGAAGAGAGUGAUGAAAUCUCUAGAUAACAUACAAGUGACAACUUUAGGUUUUGUAAACGAGGCACUCGAACGUCUAGAGUCGGAGGCCAAGCAAGGUAUAGUGCGAGCAGACAACGAGCAAAGCGUUCUGGAGAAGCUCUUGAAGAUUGAUAAAAAGGUGGCCACCAUUAUGGCCAUGGAUAUGCUGAUGGCAGGAGUGGAUACAACUUCCAGCACAUUUGUGGCCGCUUUGUUGUCCAUAGCUAAGAAUCCGGAGAAACAGGAGAAGCUGCGUGAGGAGGUGAUGCGAAUCCUACCGAACAAGGACUCCGAGUUCACAGAGGCCUCAAUGAAAAACGUGCCCUAUUUGCGGGCCUGCAUCAAAGAAUCGCAGCGCAUCUACCCCCUAAUUGUUGGAAAUAUACGCAUAACGGAACGCGACUGUGUCCUGAGCGGUUAUCAGGUGCCAGCUGGAACAUUUGUCUCCAUGAUACCGUUACGUUCGCUUAAAAGCGACAGUUAUUUUCCACGUGCCGACGAAUUUUUGCCCGAACGUUGGCUGCGUUCCGAAUCAACGCCAGGUACCGAAGGCAAAUGUCCAGCCAAUGCUUUAAAGCUCACCAAUCCGUUUGUCUUCCUUCCCUUUGGGUUUGGGCCGCGUAUGUGUGUGGGAAAACGAAUUGUGGACAUGGAACUAGAACUGGGAAUUGCACGACUCAUUCGAAACUUCAAAAUCGAGUUCAAUCAUCCCACAGAAAAGGCAUUCCGCUCGGUGCUCAUCAAUAUGCCCAAUAUACCUUUGAAGUUCAAGUUUACCGACCUAAGCAACUAGUCUGGGGCUAUGCUGUUUAGAAGAAUGUCCCAGACCUAAAUAUUGUAAUACCAUAUCAGACAAAUAGUUUUUAUAAAUUAAUACCUCAAAAUAAAGCAUAAAAAUCCUUAUUAAAA